GGCAUAGGUGCUGUUGACGUAACGCUCAUAGAUGAGGAAGUUUUGAUGCUCCGGACAGGAAGAUAAACACGACCGUCGUCAUUGUCGCUGAGCGGUGCUGUAACGUGUACUGGGGGCUCGGGCCGUGCAACCGACAUGCUACGAGGGCUGGGCAGCUGGCUGGGCCUGGACCCUGAGCCGGACAUAGAGUCUGCAGAGGAGAAAGAACAGCAGAGAGCCGCCGAGCAGGAAGUGGUGACCGAACAGAGAGGAGAAGACAAGAGGGUCUGUGUACAGCCUGAGGAAGAAGAGGCGACCCCACAUGACGAACCCGAGGAUGUUCUCGUCAAACAAGCCAAAGGCUUCGGCAGUUAUCUCCUGAAUUUUGCUUCAGUUGCCACAAAAAAGUUAUCUGAAUCCGUUGCUGAAACUGCCCACAACAUUAAGAAGUCAGUCGAAGAUGGAAAAAUUGAUGGCAUCAUUGAGAAGACGAUUAUUGGGGAUUUUCAGAAGGAACAGGAAAAGUUUGUACAUGAGAAGAAUGUAAAAAAGACAGAUGCAGCAGUUCCUCCUUGGGUUGGGUACAGCGAAGAGGAAACCAUUCAGCAGCAGAUUCUGGCCCUUUCCGCAGAUCGAAGAAACUUCCUCAGAGAUCCUCCUGCCGGUGUCCAUUUUAAUUUUGACUUUGAGCAGAUGUACCCUGUUGCUCUAGUAAUGCUCCAGGAAGAUGAGCUGCUUAAUCGUAUGAGAUUUGAUCUUGUACCCAAGCUAGUGAAAGAAGACGUUUUUUGGAGGAACUAUUUCUACAGGGUAUCGCUAAUAAAACAAUCUGCACAACUAACUGCAUUAGCAGCCCAGCAAUCCACAGGCAAAUCUGACAAGAAAAAUGGCAAGCCAGAUGAUGGUGGUUUGGAAGAAACUGUCAGACCAAAGACUCCACCUGUUGCCAUUAAAAAUCAAAUGAAAACUCAGGAGGAAGAAGAGGAGAUUUCUACCAGCCCAGAAGUAUCUGAAUUUGUGAGUGAAGCAUUUGAUUCCUGUGACAUAAACCAAGAAGACCUACGGAAAGAAAUGGAACAGCUUGUGCUGGACAAAAAGGAUGAGCUUGACACACCAGAAGAGGAGUCAGAAGACUGGAUCCAGGAAUUACAACAAGUGGUUCAAGAAUACGAAGUAGUCUCUAACUCUGACAAAAUGAAGGAUGAGAACUGGGACAAAGAGAUAGAGGAACUCCUCCAGGAGGAUUAAUUGCACUCAUUCCAAAUACAGCCUGGACUAAAAAACAAAUCUCUUCUCUUGUGUAACGUUACUACAGUCAUUCCAGCACAAAGGCAGAAUGGCCUUUUCUUGCUCAAGUGACCUUGUCAUCUGUGGGGUUUUCCCCUGAUCAUCACCAAAUGUAGGAGCUCAAGGAAAAUGGUUGAUGAACUUGCUGUCACUUGGAAGUGCAUGGACCUAUGAGAUGCUCUCUCUGUUAUGGUUUUAUACUGUAACAAUAUUUUUUUCAUAAGGAAUAAUUUCAUGAUGUAACAAACUAAAGUACAUUUAAACUGUAUGUAUGGUAUAUGGGUUUAUAAAUUAUGUAAUAUUUUCAUUUUUUUCCUCAUAAUAUAUUUCAAGAAAAAAUAAAUGACACUCAAAAUCUAAAAGUUCAAGCUCUUGCACCUCUUGCCCAGGUGCCAAACAUAUGUUUACUUCUUUAUGGUAAUGAAUUGUCUUAUGCGGUUUUCUUUCUAAUUUAACAGCAUUUCAGCGUAAAAUUGUUUGGCCUUACACACUUUAUUGGUUAAAUUAUGACAGUAAAGUUUUACAUUAUUUUAA